AUGCCCAUGCUCAAGGAACCGUGGAAGAAAUACAAGGCGUUCCCGCCGCUGAACCUGCCUGAUCGCCAAUGGCCUUCAAAAACCCUCGACAAGGCGCCUCGGUGGCUGUCCACUGAUCUGCGCGAUGGCAACCAGAGUCUGAGCGGCGAUGAGAAGUGGCGCUACUUCAAGAUGCUGGCCGACAUUGGCUACAAGGAGAUUGAGGUUUCCUUCCCUUCCGCCUCGCAGACCGAUUUCGAUUUCACACGCCGCCUGGUCGAGACGCCCGGCACUGUUCCCGACGAUGUCUGGCUGCAAGUCCUGUCACCCUGUCGCGAGGACCUGAUCAGGCGCACCGUCGAGUCCAUGAAGGGCGCCAAAAAGGCCAUUAUUCACAUCUACCUCGCCACCAGCGAGUGCUUCCGAAAAGUGGUGUUCAACUUCUCCCAGGAAGAGACCCUGGAGCUGGCCACGCGAUGUGCGAAGCUGGUUCGAUCUCUGACCAAGGACGACCCUUCUACGGCCGGCACCGAAUGGGCCUUUGAGUUCAGUCCCGAGACUUUCUCUGAUACCGAGCCCAACUUUGUCCUUCAAGUCUGCGAGGCUGUCAAGGCUGCCUGGGAGCCUUCGGUGGAAAACCCCAUCAUCUUCAACCUGCCCGCCACGGUUGAACUGGCAACUCCCAAUGUAUAUGCCGACCAGAUCGAAUACUUUUGCCGAAACAUUUCGGAGCGUGAGAAGAUUUGCGUUUCGCUCCAUCCUCACAAUGAUAGAGGUACCGCCGUGGGCGCCGCAGAAUUAGCACAAAUGGCUGGCGCAGACAGAGUCGAGGGCUGCCUGUUUGGCAAUGGCGAGCGGACGGGCAACGUCGACCUGGUCACUCUGGGCCUCAAUCUCUACACACAGGGCAUCCACCCAAACAUUGACUUUUCAGAUCUCGGCAGCAUCAUCGAUAUGGUCGAGACUUGCAACAAGAUUCCUGUACACCAGCGAGCUCCGUACGGUGGCUCCCUGGUCGUGUGUGCGUUCAGUGGCUCUCACCAGGACGCCAUCAAGAAGGGCUUCGAACUUCGGGAGCGCGAGAACAAGGCCUUCGACGACGAGUGGCAGAUGCCCUACCUGCCGCUGGAUCCUGCGGACAUUGGCCGUACAUACGAGGCCGUCAUCCGUGUCAACUCACAGAGCGGCAAGGGAGGCGCUGCGUGGAUCAUCCUGCGUGGCCUGUCGCUGGAUCUGCCGCGCGGUCUGCAAGUCGCCUUUUCCAAGGUCGUCCAGAAGAGAGCCGACGAGCUUGGCCGAGAGCUGCUGCCCUCUGAAAUCACAGAGCUCUUCGAGCAGACCUACUUCCUCAGCAACAACCCGCGCUUCAGCAUCGUCGACUACAACAUCUCCACCGACAGGUCCAGAUCGCCCGCGCCCGCGGCGCCUGGCAAGACGCCCGUCACAAAGGAUUUCAUGCGUGUGUUUAGCGGUGUGAUUUCCGUCGACGGAAGGGAAUUCAAGCUCGAGGGUCGCGGUAACGGUCCUAUUUCCAGUCUGGCCAACGCGCUAAGAGGCGUUGGUGUCAACUUGGAUGUCCAGGACUACAAGGAGCACGCUAUCGGUAGGGGUCGGGAUGUCAAGGCUGCUACGUACAUAGAGUGUACGGCGGCUGGAAGCAACAUGAAGGUGUGGGGAGUGGGUAUCCAUGAAGAUGUGGUACAGAGUUCUCUGAUUGCUCUUUUGAGCGCGGCUAGCAACGUGAGUUUUUACAUUCUCCUUCUCUUUUAUUUUGUUGAGACUUUGUGCUGA